ACUCACAAUGAUUCAUCAACCGAGAUCUGGGCUCCGAUGAGUUCAUUUUCGGAGCCGAGUGUUCUGUCGUGGGCCCUCGGAUGCCCCCGCCCCCACCUCUCUCAUCCCGCGUCUCGACGGACCUGAACGCUGCCGCAGCCGCCGCCGCCGCCGCAGCAGCAGCAGCAGCAUCACCGGCGGCAGCCUCCAAACUGCGUUUCCCCACCGGCGCGAUGGAUCCCCGCGGAAACCGGUGAACUGCUGAGGCACGGCCGCUGGAGCACACCGGCGCGCAACAACCGGAGGGAUAAGAAGAGGACUAUUACGCGGCGAAUCCCGCUUGUUUACCAGACUGAUAGGUAGAUAGAAACAGCUGGCUUGACGCUGAUAUCACGGCAUGUCAGAGCUGGAUAACUAUUCCUGUGUGACCGACACCCAUCCGCAGUUGGUUACAGCGCGAUGAAAGAGGUGACGCCUGUCCAGGUCAAUGGACCCAAACUGAUUGGAAACAUGCUCUAAGCUCAACACAUCCGCUACCAUGAAAGGGUUAGGAGCCAGCCGCAGUCGCCACCUGUCGGACUCUUGUGAACCCGCGGGGUGCCCUCAGAAGCCUCUGUGCCCCCUGACAUCUGAUCCUCAUGGCUCCUUUCUGUUGAGCCCUACAAUAAACCACUAUGGCACUUUGGACCCGCAUCUCCAUCACUACACGCCCACCAGCCCCACCUCUCUGACCCCUGACUGUCUGCUGCCUUUCAGCCAGAUUCCCAACAGCAGCACCUUCCCUCGUCUGCAUUUCACCCCCCAGGCAGACCAGCUCGACUGCCCCCAGAGUUGCAUCGCCGGCGGGGGAGUCGGGCAGGGGGGCAGAGCCGGUCCUCUGUCCACCUCUCUGUCCAUGGGAAUGGGCUUGGGUCUGGGUCUGACCGGUGCUCCCAUGAUCACCAGUGGAUCUGCCACCAUCUCCUCUGCAGCGGCGGCUAAGAUGAACCGACUGCCGUCAAGCCUUCUGGAUCAGCUCGAGAGGCACCUGCCCCUGCAGCGUGAUGGCUUCAGCACGCUGCAGUUCCACAGAGGACGAAUGUCCAAGCAGCGCAGCGAGAGCCCGGGCCGGAUCCGCCACAUCAUGCACUCGGUGCAGAAAUUGUUCGCCAAGUCGCAGUCUUUAGAGAACUCCGGGAUGAAAGGCAGCCUAAAUUCAACAGCAGGUGGCGAGGAAGGUGGCAGACCGAGCCGCAGGAGCAAGAGCAAAGACAGGGCUAAGACUGAGGGAUCAAAACAGAGACCUAGACCUAAUACACUAGGCCUUUGGGGCUCAGAUGAUGCUCUGGACAGUGACACUACCAAAGCCGGCACUAUCGCUGUAGGUUACCGCAACCCGCUGAGUAUGAUGACUCUUGGCAGAGCGGUGUCAGACAGCCAGACCGCUCUCAGACAUAUUCCACAGGGCUACCACACAAUUUCUGCACAUUCUCUCAAAACCUCAAAAAGCAGCAGUGACCUCAAGUUCCUUGCAUGCCCAGCGAUGCAGGUUGGAGCCAGGGACGAGGAGCCAGGAAACAGGGGGAGCAAGGACGACAUGGCGGUGAAGCGGGGCACCUGGUCCACGCUCACCCUGAACCAGGCCAGGCAGGUGCUGCAGAAAGGCUCUGCGACGGUCAACAGGACUCUGCUUAAGACCAAGUCGUGCCACCAGGACCUGGCACAGCAGUUUCUUCAGGUUCCCCUGGACGACUGGACGGGAAGCUUGGGUCAAGGAAGAGCCAAGGGAACGGAGAUCCCGUGCAGAAGGAUGCGCAGCGGCAGCUAUGUGAAAGCCAUGGGAGACCCAGAGGACAGCGAGGAAUCUGAGGGAAGCCCCAAACCUUCCCCGAAGUCGGCAGCGCGCCGCCAGAGUUACCUGAAGGCCACCCAGUCCUCCCUGAGCGAGCAGCAGCAGCCACCACCACCUCCUCGCAAGUCUCGCUGCUACGCUCUCAUGCGGGAGGAUUUUCUGUGGUCUCCUCUGCAGAGUGCAUGCUCUAUGCAGCAUCUGAGCUCCCUGCCGUCCCUCAAAGAGCUGUCCACUAACCGGAGCCUUGAUAACCUGGACUGCCUGGUUAGCCCUGUGGAGGCUGCUCCACGCCACCGGAACAGUGAUUUCAACCAAUGCUCCAGCACACUGGGCAGAGGCUUGGGCACUCAGUGCGUCAGUCUGCACACGUUCUUUCAGGUAUUCGCUCAGGGCUGUGGACACUCGUUACCGUACUGUGAGGGGGAAUCAAAGGCAGUCGAGGCUCUGGACCUGCCGGCGCCCACGUGCUUCCGGUCUCGCAGCCACAGUUACCUGCGGGCAAUCCAGGCGGGCUGUUCCCAGGACGAAGACUCUGCUUCUGUGGACUCAGAAACACCACCACACACCGCUGUAGGCUACAGCUACAGCUCCAACACAAUCAGCAAUAGGAAGGCGCCUCCUCCGGUUCCACCCCGGUCCGCAUCCAAGCCUCUCAUCUCAGUGACGUUGCAGAGCAGCACAGAGUCGGCCCAGGACACAUACCUUGACCAACAAGACCGGGGAAGCGAGGCCAACAGCCAGUCGGGGCGCAGCAACUCGUCCGACAGCCUCUGUAGCAUACGCACGGGCAGCCUGUUAAAGAGGACCCAGCCUCCAAAAGCCUUGGUCUCGAUCAUAAGCCCCGCACCUCCUGCGGGCUCUGCACCCCCUGUUCCGGCCCCUCGUGAUCUCUCCUCUACCACCGUCGCAACCACCACCACCACCACCUCAACGUCUACCCAGUCCCAAAAUGACACCUUGAGCACCGGUGCCACCCUAGAGAAGCCCCCAACAGCAGCCAAGAGGAAACUCUCCUCUAUUGGAGUCCAGGUGGAUUGCCUUCUUCCACUCCCAAGAGAGGAGCCCUUACCCCUGUCUGCACCUUUAAAGUUCCAGUCGAUCGGCGUUCAAGUUGAAAACGGCAGGCCUCUCAGUCGGGAUAGCAGCAUGGCCUCCAGACAAAACACAGAGACUGAGCCUCAGCUGCAGGAUGCCACGCCCACAGAAAACGCAACCAAUUGCACCAACAGCCAGACUCUGAAUAGCACCACGACUAACGGACAGGACAAAGCCAUGGAACAGCAUCACCUUAAACACAUGUCAGCUCCGUCAAGGAUAUCCAACUCGCCUCCCGAGACGCUGGACCCGGCUUUAGACCCCUCCUCUCUGCCGCCUCCGGAUCCCAGCCUCGAGUCUGGAAACUGCAGCUCCCAGGGCGACGGGGUGCAACCGGGUACGCCGGCGUGCCUCCGAGACGGGAACUGGUUUCUGAAGCUGCUACAGGCGGAAACGGGCCGCAUGGAGGGCUGGUGUCAACAGAUGGAGCAGGAGACCAAAGACAACAAGCUCUCAGAGGAGGUGUUGGGGACAAUCCGCAGUGCAGUAGGAAGUGCUCAGCUUCUCAUUUCCCAGAAGUUUGAGCAGUUUAGAGGCCUCUGUAACGAGAAUCUGAACGUUAAUGCCAACCCGAGACCAACAGCACAGGACCUUGCGGGCUUCUGGGAUCUGCUGCAACUCUCAAUAGAAGACAUCAGCAUGAAGUUCGAUGAGCUCUACCAACUAAAAGCAAACAACUGGCAGCUUCCAGAGAAGCCGGAGAAGAAGGAUGAAAGCAAGCAGCUUCCAUCGUCUGUGCCAAAGAAGCCGUCCAAGCCCCGACUGUCAACAGGGAAGGACAGGAGCGGAGACUCGGCUGGGGACAAGCAGCGGCAAGAAGCCAGGAAGCGGUUGAUGGCGGCCAAAAAGGCGGCCUCGGUACGACAGAACUCCGCCACAGAAAGCGCUGACAGCAUCGAAAUCUACGUCCCCGAGGCCCAGACCCGCCUCUGAGAACGAGCCCGCUACCGCUGAUCAAAAGUUCAGACUCGCUGUCAGAUACUCGCUCGCGCAGAGCCGGUUCUGACAUGAGCGCACAGACGCACGGAGGCGGAUCUCUUUCUAGCAGCGCAGCUGAAGGAAAAGACGCGAGGAUCACAGAGCGCCGUAAUAAUCCAGACCGUGAUCCUGCCGCCUUUGGGACAGAGAAACCUUUACAGAUGUUUAAUACUAUUGUUAUUAAUGUUAUUAUAAUUAUCUCCUAAAAUAUUUCAAGACUGUCUUUAAUUGUGCGAGUACCUUGGAUUAGGACAUUCUGUACCUUGUGAACUGAGAAAUCUUGGUAUCCCAGAAGUUUUUCUUUCUAGGAGGAAAAAGAACAACAAAACAAAAAAAAACUCCCCUCACUGCUGAGUCUAGCGGCAAAUCGUGGCUGUGCGGUUUUUACGAGCGGCGCAAACCAUCCACACACACUCAGGACACACAAGCAGGUGUACUCACUGUCCACAGAGUCUUCCUGUUCUCUCUCUUUGUAUUUUGCGUGUGGCGCGAGCUCUUUACUGUGUGAGGAAUACACGAUGGCGGUCGAGACCGAAGAGAACCAGAAGGAAGGCAGUAGCAUAUAUUAUAAAUAACACUAUUACAAUGUUAAUUUUGUAAAUGUUGUAUACCAGAAUAAUUGUUAGAAAGAGGUCAGUGUUAAGCACCGAGUUAGUUUUUUAUAAAUCGAGUACAUUUGAUCAUGAUAUAUCGGCACCCGAUGCAAUCAUUCACUUUUGUCGUUUUCCCCCCCCCUCCCUCUAUUCCUCCCUUUCACCAACUUUCAUCACAAGCUGCCGGCUUCUGUUCAGUUUUCGAGUAGGGUUUAAGGAAUGAAUUGCUUAAUCGGUGAGCUACAGUGGAAUGUAUGAAUCGUGACUUGAUCACCGCACUUUCAGUUCACCACCGAUCAAGUUCGACCACCUUUUUUUUUUUUUUUUUUUUUUUUUUCCCCAAUCACUCUUAACUUUUCACUGCAUCCUGAUGGGAUGUGGGGGACCAAGACAUCACCUCUCAAUGUGGUAUUCCCGUUCAACCAAGCCGUGGUGCAAGCUGGGGGGAGGGGGGGCGGGGGGGCUUACUUGCUCCUAGAAAGGGAUCGAAAUAGGAAAGCAAUAAUCUUAAUUAUUUCAAACUAGUGUAAGCUGCAGGUGUCCAUUUUACAAAUUGCUUAAUCAAAGUUUAUCUUAAUGUGAAGGACAAAUGAGGUUCUCAAUGAACUGUGCUGUUGGACUGAAAAAUCUCAGGUUGAACACUUGAUAGUGAAACCACUAUAGGUUGAGUAUUUGCUUUGCGUUUAGAUCAGUGUUUUUUUAGUCCUGGUCCUCUGGUCCCGCUGUCCUGCUUGUUUUUAGGCGUUUCCUGACUUGAAUAAAUUGGUGAUGAAGAAGCCUCUGCAGCUCUUCGUGGCUGCUGAGGAACUAAUGCAAUCAUUUGGGUCAUCAGGUGUGCUAGAGGAGAGACGCAUCUAAAAAAAAAAAAUGUUUAGGGGGGUGUGUCCUGAGGACCAGGAUUGAAAACCAUUGGUUGAAAUGAAUUUGCCAGAUGCUCUGAAGCUUUAGAAAACACUCCUCCUGCAUCCGGACAUGAUCGUCAUUCCUCUGAGGGACCCCUCCCCCGCCAAGUGUGGUGCCGUUUUGUACAGUCUUAAGAUGACCAAUCUCAUGUCUUUAUUCUCAGUUGUUGCAUCAUGAUUUAUUUUGUUUGUUUGUUUAGAAUCAAAAACUGAGGUACAGUUGUUUCCCUUUAAGUUUUAAUGUAAUUUGAUAUAUUUUUGACUUUCAUCUUUAAUGAAAAAAAAAAAAAUUACAUCGACAUGUAAUUUUAAAUAAACAUCUGAAAUGCAAGACAUUUUCUUCUCCGGCAAGUUGGCAACUCUCAUUCCAGCUUCAUUUGGUCACUUUUAUUUAAAAUUUAAUUUAAAUGUGUUUUGAAUUCAGCUGCAUUUUUUUCCCCCCAUGUAUUUUGUGACAUGCCUUGUUUUUAUCGCAUUUUGAAUUGGAAGACUUUCUGAAAUAAAAACAAUAAAUUUAAGGACUUCACGAUUGGAGCGGGGUGUUGCAAAUGGUCCUUCAGACAUGCAGAUGGUGAGGGCCUAAAGUGCUACAAUCCAGCAAAUGGUUCUAAAUAAUAGGCUAGUGCUAUAUAUGUGAUUAAAUAAAAGUGUGAUAACUGUUUUUUUAAAAAUUGUAUCUUUAAAAUGCAUAUAAAUGUGUUUAGUUUACCAAAUCUCCAAUUAAAUGUGUUAUUUUCACUUGAAUUAAUUAUAAAAGCCGUAUAUAAUUUUGUAUUACCUGCACUGAUAGACCUUAUAUCUGACUGUGUUAAUCUUAUCUGGCUUUGACGGGUAAAUCUGACCAAUUAAAAUAAGUUCACGAUGUGCUGCAUGCGACUGUAAACUAAAUACCAAAAUAUCCUUUAACAUGUAAUGAAUUCAAAAUUUUAACGAGCUUUCCACAUUUGUAUAAUUUAUUAAUUGAAAUGUUUACAUUAUUAUCGGUCGUGCAUUUGCAAUUUUUUUUUUUUUAAACGAUCACAAAUAAUUUCUUUUUACAAGAAUUGUGGCACUUUUGGCCCUCGGUUUGUAGGUUGUCCAAUCUUUUCCCCAAGAGCUGGUUCUCCCCCUACUGGUCACUUGAUGUAAACACUCAAAACCUGUAUUUGCUCCUGAACAAGUGAACAAGCAAAGGAUGUUGAAGUGGGAAUGCUGAUACAGCGCUGCAUAAUCAGUUCUCCUGUUUGUAUGACAUCAACAUUGGACAUGUGCACCUCAUUGUCCAAAGAAAUCAUUAAACAUCCCUUUGCUACAUGUCCUGGUCAUCCUUCCUGCUGUCUUUUUCUUUUCUUUUUUUUCUUUUUUAAAUAACACUCAUUCAUGAUCCAGUGGUAAUAUUAGCUGUCUAGUUAAUAUUACUCCCAUAGUAAAUUAUAGGAAUCGCAGCAGAUCUUUUAUCGUUACUGUGUAAUCUCUGAAAGCAUGGCAUUUCUUUAAUAUAAGAUAUACAAAGAUUCUAACCAGUAAACUUUCAGUAUUCCUUUAAAUGGGUCUUGCAGAUGAUCUGUGUGAGGCAUUCAGGGUAUGGACAGUGUGCUGGCGUUCAGGACUGUGACGAAUGGUGGAAAGGCCUUUCUCUUUUGUUUUCCCUUCAUAUCAUCCUAGAGCCGGAUCCCUUUAUCUGCCCAUACACUGAGAGCGAGACCUCCGAUCAGGGAUCUUUAGACAGUUUACCAGUACUUCCCGAGUUUUUUAAGGGCUACAAAACGGACAAACGUUGACCUGGAAGGUGCAACUCCUGAGGUGCACUUUGCUGACGUGCUUUUCAGCCACCAUGUGAGCGAGGCAAUAUUUUUUCCGGCUAUGUGAUGAAUUUGUUUAUUGCAGCAGCUUGACGGACAGGAGCAAGAGGAUCAUAAAUACAGUGCAUUGUUACUACAGAACCUAUCCUUAGUGGCCUCCUCUCCCUGGCCACGUGUCUGUCCUCUCAGAGAGCCAGCUAGUCAAAUAAGCAAAAACUCUGUAGUUCCAGAUUCUGUUGUACUGAUGAGUAAUUUUACACAAGAAGCACAUAUCUUACACAUGAAGGGUUGUUUAACGUUACUGUGUGUUAGUUAGGACACUGUGAGCCUAGUUUCUUUCAAAGGUAAUAAGAAUUGUGAUUGCAAUGAUUUAUGUGGCAUAUUUUCUGUAUUACAUAAAGAUGUAGAAAUUAAAGAGGAAUGCCACUGAA